GUUUCCUCUGACACAUGAAGCAGCAAAAAAAAACGAGACGCGAAGAAGUUCAGACAGCAGUCCUUCAGAAGAGAGCAGCAGAGACACCGCGAUGGCCUCGUACUUCCUGUCCUGCGUCGCCCUCUGUAUCGUUGGAUCAGUCUGCGCCGUCCUCGCACUCCCGCCUACUGAGCCGCCGCUGAUCCACGACCACCCCUUUGUGGCCAUAUGGAACGCCCCCACCGUCCAAUGUCGGCUGUUUGAAAUCCCGCUGGACACGGCGGCCUUCCAGGCAGUGACCACGCCCUCCGCAGUCCCAGGUCAGUUCCUCACCAUCUUCUACGAGGACCGCCUCGGCCUCUACCCCAAAGUCGACACCUACAAACGUAAGCUCUACAGAGGCGGGGUCCCCCAACAGGCCAACCUGACGGAGCACCUGACCAAGGCACGGAGUCAAAUCGAUGAAUACAUCUCCCAGGAUUCCUCCCCUGGGCUCGCUGUCAUCGACUGGGAGUCCUGGCGCCCACUGUGGGAUCAGAACUGGGGGUCGAAACGUAUUUAUAAGAAGCUGUCCAUCACUCACGCCCUGCAGAUGGCCCCGUUUUUGGCAUCUAAGGAGAUUUCCUCACUGGCAAAGAGCCAGUUCCAGCAAGCUGGGCGGCACUUCAUGGAGAAGACCAUCAGCCUUGGCAUCGGCGAGCGUCCGAGCCGCCGCUGGGGCUUCUACCUGUUCCCCGACUGCUUUAACUAUGACUGGAAGAAGCCCGGCUACACAGGGAAGUGCUCCAAGAAGAUCCAGGAACAGAACAACCAGAUGCUGUGGCUAUGGGAGCGCAGCACUGCCCUCUUCCCCUCCGUCUACCUGGGUCAGAGCAUGAGAAAUUCCCCCAAGUCCAAGCUCUACGUCCGCAACCGUGUCCAGGAGGCGCUAAGGGUCGCUGCGCUGCCCAAACGUCCAUACACCAUGCCAAUCUACGUCUACUCCAGGCCACUGUACCGGGACCAGACCAAGAAGUUCGAGACCCAGACCGAUCUGGUGAGCACCAUAGGAGAGUCUGCAGCUCUGGGAGCCUCAGGGGUCGUAAUGUGGGGAGGAACCAAAGACUACAACAACAAGGCUGCCUGUGAGUCCCUGUCCGAGUACCUGACGUCCACCUUAAACCCGUACAUCGCCAACGUGACGGCGGCCGCCAUGCUCUGCAGCGAGGUCUUGUGCCAGCGGAGAGGCCGCUGCGUCAGGAAGAGCUACAACUCCGACCAGUACCUGCACCUGAACCCCGCCAACUUCAGCAUCGUGCGGGCCGACAGGAAGUACAUGGCGAUCGGGCUCCCCUCUGACGCCGACCUGAACGUCUGGGCCGAGAACUUCACCUGCCAGUGCUACGCGGGGUGGAGCUGUUCACCCAGACUGAUUAAGCCGACCACGGUCAGGCUCAUCCGGGUUUAAUCUGUCAACCGUUUUCAGAACUGCACUCCCUGCCGAUCCAUAGAUUUCAUUAUGUGGUCAUUAAGAAUACGGUGUGUAAUUUGAUGAAAUUAUGGUCUCAUCCACAUUCCAUCGGUAUUGUCUGUGUUUAUUUAAACAAAAGAAAAAUACAUGUCAAAAUUAUGCAUUUUGUAAAUUACAAAAUUGUAAUGUUUUUUUUCCCCAUGUCAGUAACAAUACUGAUUUAUUUUAAUUCUAAACCACAAGUCACCUUAAUAAAUGCUUUUCUGAAAACAAUAUAUUUGCAU